AUGGCUAUCGAAGAUGACGAUAUUCGAGACAGGGAGGUGUGGACGUCAGUCUCACGCCACUGGUACUCCAAGGCGUCCGACAAGGCGCCUACCACCGUUAGGUUGUAUCAUCACCUGGCGAUCCUCGCUCGCCCCAACGCACUGCAACAACUAUUCUAUUACACGAAGUCGCUUUCGUUCUGCGUUACUACCAUCCCUUGCAAGCCGAUCUGCCUGGUCAGCUUGCUACUGGCUCGGGCGAUCGCUGAUCAGGCCUUCAAAGCAGAUUUCAAAUCCCUCGCUGAUAUCCUGGAACGGCCUAACCUUGGCCAGGUAGAUUCCCUACCUUUAUCCUGGGCCGCUGGUAUGGAAGACAAGGAAAUUGUACCCAUCCAUUAUCCUACCUAUCUGGACCUCUGGCAUCGCACGCUACUUGUUGCUGGGCUGCGCCACGAUACACAACGUCCCUACUCGCUCCGUGUUGGCGCUGGAGGUCGAUUAUCUGGUAGUCUCGAGGAGCGGGUACGGAACUACGUGAUGGGCAACACGAAAGACGUAUUCCUCAAAAGCUACCAGCCACGGCGCGUCACCCGCGACUUGGUCGCGACAGCUUUUGGCAGAGGCAUGGCCGUAGAUGUCGCCGACCUCUUCAAGUCUCUGCGGCGCUCAUUUCUACAGCGCGACCCCGAUGCUCCCCUUUACCCUACGGAAGCAGAUAUCAAAGCGCUUAAGAGCCGCCAGGAUCUUACCGAUCUCCGUGCCGCGUAUCGCGAUGCCGUGGCACGCACUUCGUCCGAUGACAAGGAUGCUAAGUGCAUAGCGGGCAAGAUUGGAUGGAGCCGUCUCUUGAUUUGCCUCACAACCUAUGUCAUGCGUCCAGGUGCACACAUAACAAGGUGGCUGGGAUGGCAUGGGUCAUAA